AUGCAAGAAUAUAAGUAUCCAAAGAUUGACGCGAAGCAUUUUCAUUAUCACAAUGACGGCACUGGAAGGGAUCAGUAUGUAAGGCAUACAAAUGGCGGUUUAUUAUCUCAGAAGAUGAUUAGUUCACUAGAUUUGUCUCCGAAGGCGGAUUACACAAAGAUGAUCUUUCCAAAAAGUGCAACAAAGUACUAUGAAUUGUAAUAACCUAGUUCUCGAAGCAGAGGAUUGCUUCCGCCUUAGCAUUAAAGAAUUCAGCAUUAUUUUGGAGAUGGAAAAGGUCGAGAUUAUUUUGUAACGAUUAAUGAUGGGGGAUAAGUGUCUUUAAAAAGUUGGAAAGACCAUCCAGAUUAAGCAUUUCCAGCUUAAUUACGAAAAUACGGAAGAGAAUAUUCACAACCUGACUGUGUUAAGUACUUAAUAUCAAAUAAUUCAAAAUUAUAAUAAUUGACUUAAACAAUGAGAUUAAGAUAGAGUGAAUUCACUAGGCAUAUCAGUGCUCCUAAGAAACAAUCGAGUCCUUUGUUAUAGAGCUUUAUGCCAGAUCUGAAUGAAGGUGGGAAGUAUCAGACAUACCAAUAACUGAAAUACUAGAGUAAGGCAUGUUUUUUUGCAGAAUGA